CGCUAACUACACAUUUGAUCCGGAAGUGCUGAGUGUUUUGACUGAAUAAUAAACAGAGAGUUUGGUUUUCGGAUGCGUUUGAAGAGUUUCAGCGAGCAGGAGAAUAAAUCUGAGUAAAGAUGGCGACCCCAGGCUCCGGCGACUCCUCGUCGAACCCGAGGCCCGCGGCUGGAGGUCGCGGCUCGAUGCUGAACCUCAGGACACCCGGGCGCCUUCCUGCCAUGCGCUCCAGAGACCUGACGCUGGGUGGCGUGAAGAAGAAAACGUUCACGCCCAACAUCAUCAGUCGAAAGAGUAAAGAAGAACUAAAAGUAAACGAGGGACCCAGGAGAGAGAGGAAGGACGCGGAUCGCGGGCGACAGCGAGAUGGGCGGGGCAGGGGGCGGGGACGACCGGAGGUCAUCCAAUCCCACUCUAUCUUUGAGCAGGGCCCGGCGGAAAUGAUGGCCAAGAGGAGAGGUGUGUAUGAGGACACGCGCGAAACGCCCAACAGCGCCCCCUGUCCCAUCAUCAACAUAAAGAAGGAGAAGCGAGAGACGGAAGAGGAGACCAAAGAGAUCCUGCGCAAACUGGAGAGAGACAAUUUCAUGGACGACCCGCAGCUGAGGAACGAAGCGCGCUGCUGUCCCGUGCAGCUUCCACUGGCCGUGUCCGGCUGGGUGUUUAAAGAAGAGCCCGAGGAAGACGCCGAAGACCAAGAAGUCAAAGUGGAGAAGAGUGCAGAGGAUUCUGUUACAGUAAAACAGGAGCCUCCCGACGUCCCUGUGAUAAAGAAGGCGGAGCCGACAUUUAAGCCGCCACCCCUUCCCGAACCCGACCUGCUGCCUGACCUGCUGCAGGUGUGGAAUCGCUGCAAAGAGGAGGAGCUUCUGUUCAUGCAGCUUCCUGAUUCGCUCCCGGGCCAACCGCCCACCAGCGACGCCCGGCCCGCCAAGACCACCGUGCAGUCCGAGGACGGGCAGAACCUGCUGCAGAAGACUGAAGGACAGGAGGAGGCUGAGGAGGAGAACGUUUGUAAUCUGAGGGAUCUGCAGGAGGGUCUGGUGGGUCGCUUGUUGGUGAGGAAGUCAGGACGAGUGCAGCUGGUGUUGGGGAACGUCACGCUGGAUGUGGCUCUGGGGACGUCCUGCUCCUUCCUCCAGGAGUUGGUGUCAGUGAGCACAGAGGGCAGGAGAGGAGACAUGACCGUACUGGGCCACAUUAAACACAAACUGGUCUGCUCACCCGACUUCGAGGCGCUCCUUCAGAACAGAGCUUGAGUGUGUGUGUGUGUGUGUGGGUCUAUCUACAUCAGCUUCCUGUCUUCAGUUUACAAAGCGGGUGAAAAACUUUAGCUUUAUAAUUAUUUUGAAACACUGUAUAAUCUGUAAAUAGAAUUUGACAUUAUGUGAUGUCUCGCGAUUAAAGAAUUAAAAAUGUUAAAUUAA